CGCGUUCCCACCGCCGUACGGCGAGAUGGCGACGCCCGCGCUUCCGCUGCGCCGCGCUUGGCUACCGCGGCUUCCCGUCGCCGUGUCGCGCAGUAGUCCGUCGGAGCGACACCACGGUCAGUCGGCGACCCGACUGGGAAGAUGGACGCAGCCACCUUGACAUAUGAUACUCUCCGGUUUGCUGAAUUUGAAGAUUUCCCCGAGACCUCGGAGCCUGUUUGGAUUCUGGGCAGAAAAUAUAGCAUUUUCACAGAGAAGGACGAAAUCCUGUCUGAUGUGGCGUCCAGACUCUGGUUUACAUACAGGAGAAACUUUCCAGCCAUUGGGGGAACUGGCCCUACCUCAGAUACAGGCUGGGGCUGCAUGCUUCGGUGUGGACAGAUGAUCUUUGCCCAGGCCCUGGUAUGCCGGCACUUAGGUCGAGAUUGGAGAUGGAUUCAACGGAAGAGACAGCCUGACAGCUACUUCAGCGUCCUAAAUGCUUUCCUCGACAGGAAGGACAGCUACUACUCCAUCCACCAGAUAGCGCAAAUGGGAGUUGGCGAAGGCAAGUCUAUAGGCCAGUGGUACGGGCCGAACACUGUUGCUCAGGUCCUCAAGAAGCUUGCUGUAUUCGACACAUGGAGUUCCUUGGCUGUUCACAUAGCAAUGGACAACACUGUGGUGAUGGAGGAGAUCAGAAGGUUGUGCAGGGCCAGCCUUCCCUGUGCGGGAGCUGCUGCACCUCCUGCAGAUUCAGAGCGGCACUGUAAUGGGUUCCCUGCUGGAGCUGAAGUCACCAACAGGCCAUCGGCCUGGAGACCCCUAGUCCUUCUUAUCCCUCUCCGCCUGGGACUUACUGACAUCAACGAGGCCUAUGUGGAGACGCUGAAGCACUGUUUCAUGAUGCCCCAGUCCCUGGGUGUUAUCGGAGGGAAGCCCAACAGUGCCCACUACUUUAUUGGCUACGUUGGUGAGGAGCUCAUCUAUCUGGACCCCCAUACCACACAGCCUGCAGUGGAACUGACUGACAGCUGCUUUAUCCCUGAUGAGAGCUUCCACUGCCAACACCCUCCCUGCAGGAUGGGCAUCGGAGAGCUUGACCCGUCCAUUGCUGUGGGGUUUUUCUGUAAGACUGAGGAAGACUUUAACGACUGGUGUCAGCAAGUCAAAAAGCUCUCCCUGCUUGGUGGUGCCCUACCUAUGUUUGAGCUAGUGGAGCAGCAGCCUUCCCAUCUGGCCUGCCAGGACGUCCUGAACCUGUCCCUAGAUUCUUCUGAUGUAGAGAGACUGGAGAGGUUCUUUGACUCUGAAGAUGAAGACUUUGAAAUCUUAUCCCUCUGAAAAUCCUAGGGUUUGGGGAUGGCCUCCAUGGCCCUCGUUGGGGUGCUUUGAGAACCCAGACCUGCCUUGGGCACUCAGUGUCAGCGCGUUCCAUCCACCCAGCCCACCCCUGCCGAGUGCUGUGCGCCUGUGCCACCUCUGUCCAGAGGGCCUGCUCUGCUCAUGGACCAAGGACUGCGGUGCCUGGAGGCCUUACUGCUUGGAGUCAGACUGCCUAACCCCAAACACAGCAAAGGCCUGUCCACAUGAGAAAAUGGCCCAUCAGAAGGCCUGUUCAAAAAAGUGCAGCGGGCCAGGAGCUUCCAGAGUUCUCCACUUGACACUGCCAGCCCUGGCCAGCACAUCAGCUUUCUUCUGCUUUCUCCUGGACACCUGGUCUGUGGUUUAUUUGGAAUUAAAGCCCUGUUUGGAGUUGUUUAAUGAAGACAUGAAUUUCUGGGGCACUUCCCAGGUCAGUCUUAAAAGACCUGCAGGUUGAUGUGUACAGAGUAACAGUCACAGCAUGGCCUCAUACUGCUGGGCAGGGUGAGCCUUUGGGCUGUCAUCUGCCCCGUGUGAUUCUCAAGGGCUACCUCAGUAGGAGAGCACAUGGAAAGAAUUACAGCAAGGCUGCUGCUGGCUUUGGAGAGAAAGUAUUCUGGUGGAGCAUUUGGAAAACCCAAAGAUAUUGGUGUGCAUGGGCACAGUGUGGACACCUGGACCCUGGAGCAGCUGACAAGCUCCCAGGGCAUCUGGAGCCGUGGUCCCGAUUCCCAUUAGGACCUCACUAGGGAAGAGCUUUGUUUCCUGUAAGGGGCUGAUGCAUUUAAAGACACACCGCCUGCUGCUGUUAGCUUGCCACCCAGCUUCCCUCUGGGAGGGAAGGGAAGGGGAGCAGAGCUACUCUUUGCUUGUGACACUGUGCCCGCUGGUGAUAGGGUACACACUGCUACUUGAGCCUUCUUCCAUGUUCUUGCCCUUCUCAGAAACCCUCCUGGGUCACAGAGAAUUUCUUGGUUUGGGGCCAAAAAGUUAAAGAGCUUUGGCUUUUAGUGCACAGUAGAGUGUAUUUAAACGGAGCCGGCAGCUCCAGGCACCGGCAGGUGCAGUGUCCAGACCCUCCUUGGCGCUCAUUUCCAUUCCCGCCACCUUCUAACCCUGGCUUUCUGGGCCUUCAGGCUUUGAUGCUCUAGGUCUGCUGUUUUAGAAAGAGGCCUUUCCUUCUCCCUAGAAGAUAUGAACAGGGCGUCGCCGUGUGGGGUGGCCCUUGCAGCUUUUCCUAAAAGCCCUUCCCUAGGACCCUGUAAACGGGUGAGGUUGGAGCUGCUCCCUGACGGCAUAUGCCAGAUAUGACAACAAAGUGUUCAUGGCAUAAUUUAUUUCCUUACACUCUGUCUCUCCUACAUCUUGUCCCUUAGCUUCAGGUGGGAUGGGAUGGGGGAAGGCCCAUUCCUCUGGGGCUCCACUUCCUGAGUCCAGUAGCUGUUGUGUUGCUGUGGUCCAGGGUCUUGCUGCAACUCCUGCUGAUGGUACCAAGGGCGGAUGUGUGGAACAAUACAACCUGAGGGAGCUCUCAGGGCUUGAGAAAGGCUUCCUGAGGUUGUUCAUUCUUAAUAGUAUAGUUUGCAAUUCUUAAUGGUAAAUAAUAAGUUUCAGUAGAAAACAA